AUGCGUCUCACAGUCAUACCUGUCUUGGUCGCAGGCGCUUCGCUCGUCGCCAGUCAGCCUCUCAGAGUCAUCGUCGAGGGACCCUCCGAUACGAAUGCCAACAUCCGCUUCGGACAUGCACUCGCCAACGCCAACGUGAAUGGAAACGACGAUAACGUCGCCCAUCUCACCCGCCCCACCGUCGUAAUGACGUCCGUCACCGAGGUCAAGUCGUCUGGCCGCCACUUCUGCGGUUCCUCGAUCCGCGAGAAAGCUAUCCAGAUGUCCAAUGCGUUCAGGCACGCACUCGGUCUCCCCUUGAUCGAGCUCGAGGAGCACCAUCGUCGCCCUCACCCUCACCACAAGGGUGACGAAGCGUCCAAGGAUCAGGGAAGACCUCACAGUGACAAGGAGAUGCACAUCAUGCCGCUGCCGUUCAUCGGCGUCGGGGCCUUACCUAACGCCGUUCACCCUGAUGCGGUCAUCGGCCAGAACAAGGAGACGCUCCAAGAUGGCCGCGUUGUCCACUUCAACCCUCACCACCACCCUCAUCAUCUCAGGCCCGAUGACCACCGCCGCUUCCACCAUAUGCGCCAAGGCUCAUUCCUCCGCCGCAUGCACCGUGCCAUCAUGGCGCUCGGUCCCUGGGAGGGUCGCGCUGUGGCAUUUGUCCUUGGCUGCGGCAUCGGUGUCCUCCUGCGCAUGUUCUGGGUCUUGGCCGUCCUGACUUACCGCGCCGUCAGCGGCACCAGGGACGACGACACUCUCGAAGAAAACUACAUCAUCUUCGAGCAAGACGCCGAGAGUAUCUUCGUCCCUCCUCCCCAGUACACCGACGAAAAGGUCGAGGCCGUAGCAGCGCCGUCCGAAGAGGAGGAGCACAACUAG